CAUACUGCAUGCUUACAAUAUAUGUACAGUCUGUAAUAACUGACGUAGUGGACUUGUAAGCAGGUGUAUUCUGUGGAAUCAUUUUGACCUGUCUGUGACCUUUUUCUAGUCACGAAUCAGCCAGUGGUUAUUACAGAAUAUCAGCUUAUUUUCUGGCCAAAGUUGUGUGCGAUAUUAUUCCAUUACGCCUUGUGCCAAUCACUGCCUUCUCAGCCAUUGUUUAUUUUAUGACAGGUACGUGAAAGACAAUGUUAUAAAAUAAUUAAGAUAGUACACUACACAUUAAUGCAAAAUAUCUCGUUGAUUCAUUUACUUAUCAGAAUUAUUAUCGGAGUUGGUAUAGUGCUUCUUAAUGCUGUUAAUAUUUCCUUCUUGCAGGUCUUCGUGUUGACGUUAUUAAGUUCCUCAUAUUCACUUUGACGCUUCUUCUGACGUCACUCGCUGCUUGUAGUGUGGCUUUCUUUGUCAGCGCAUGCGUACGGACGUUCGCCAUAGCUAAUCUCCUUAUCGCUCUUCCUUAUGUGUUUAUGAUGGUAAGCAAAUUUACUGAACUUUCUGUUAAAAAAAAAAGAGAGAGAGAGAGAGAGAGAGAAAGAGAGAGAGAGGCCAAUUAUUCAUUUUUUAAAAAGCAGUCCUUGACGAUGAUGAGCAAGUUUUGACCAAUUAUAGCGCCCAUACUUCUUUGUUCGUGUAUGAUAAACAUUAAAAGCUGAUAAGCGAACCAGGCAGUUACCCUCUUUUAAGCGAUCACUUGAAUUAUCAAAGUUCCAUCAAGUCAGCCUCCUUUUACAGGCGCCUGCCUCGAGACUCGAGCGAGAUGAGGCGAAUGGCUGGAAACAAGUUUGAUCAUCCCGCCGUUCUUUGUGCUUAGUGAAGGUCAGCCAUCGGGUUAUUAGGAAAGCUUUUUGAACAACGCACGUCAACCAAAAGUGACGCCUUUUCCCUGACACUUCCAAAUUUGUAUCGCUAAAUGUCUCUACUCUUUACUUUAUGUCUUUAUAAGGACAAUUUGUUCGUAAUUUCAAGGAAAAAUCCACUGCUCAAGAACGCAAAAGUUCACUUCAAGUUGACGUGUGUUGCUGCAAUGUACACGUUGCUGUGCAGUUCCUAUAAUUGUACUUGCUAUUAAAAACAGCCGUUGUAUUUUGUUUGUUAAGUAGUUUUCCUUUGAUUCCAGAUUGCGGACUGUGCGAGGGGUAACUACAAAUAUAUAUUCUAUUUUAAUUGUUUCGAAUCAACAAAUUUUUCGAAACGGAUUUCACUAUUAAAAAAGAGCGACGUUUCGACCGUUUGACGGUCAUUUUCAAGUUCAGAAGUAAAAAACAUUAGCAUGCGCCUAUAUACAAUUGUGAAAAGGCCAAUGAGAUGCUGACUAAAAAGUAUCUUAUUAACCUUUUUACAAUUGUAUGUAGGGCGUUUUCACUCACGUGGCCAGCAUCUAUGCUAAUUUCUUAGAACAAAAGAAAGCAUUCACAUGAGAAAAGAGUUCACCUCCCAGAGGAUUUUCUUGGAACACCAAUAUGGCGGCCGUGACGUCAUGUGAAAACUCUCUAUAAGCGCAUGCCAAUUUUUUUUUACUUCUGAACUUGAAAAUGACCGUCGAACGGUCAAAACGUCGUCCUUUUUUAACGUUAGUUUUUAAUUUUUUCUCUGCGAAGAUUCUACACUGGUUUGAGUGCAUCGAAAUACGCGAGUAGUAGACGCCAUGGUUUCUCUCUUUCAUUGCAGGUAUUUGGUGGUGUACUUGUGAAUCUAAAUUCUCUGCUUGACUGGCUGUCAUGGAUAAAAUAUAUCAGUAUAUUUCGCUACGCUAUAGAGGUAAUAAAUGAGAGAGUGUGUUAAAUUUAGAAGUGAUAUUUCUAGAGACCGACAGUCAUUCUUAAAACACUUGGAAUUCUAUGUGGAACAAACUUAAUAGCCGUGCCCCUGCAAAUCCCAUGAUAGUCUGUAAAAUUCAUUUAAUUGUAAUAUGGCCGCCCUAUGGAGAAAAAAAGUCUGUUUUUGCUUAGGUACAGACCAUUGGAAAAGUUAUGGGAAGGGGUGGGGAAUUUUCGAGCCGCAUGAAUUUUUGUUAACAUUUCCCUUGUAUGCAUUUUUCUUUAGGCCAGUGCAUAAUAUUUUGGGGGGUUACUUGGCGUGUAUGAAUAUCUUUUCAGUUAAUUUUCCUUUGAACGAAUAUAUAUUUUUUGUAUUUCCCCCGCCAUUAGUUUCCUUAUGGUCCGUCCCUUACCCUAACGUGAAUUCAAACACUUACAAUUUUUGAUUCAGUUAGUUAUUUUUAGUUAGUUAGCGAAGCUUUGUCCACCCAGCCCUUCCACCGUUUAUUCCAAGUUCUGUGCGGUAUUUCGCUAGUACAGUGCAGUAAAAUACAAUCCUUCAGAUGCUUUAACAAUGUCGUGACGUUCAUUUGGAUAAACUGAUGUUUGCAUUUAUUUUGUUGUUAUAGUCACUUGAGAUUAACGAGCUCCAUGGCAUGAUUUUCAAUUGUACCUCUAGCACCAGCCCUGAGUGGUACGUAUACUUAAUGUAACGUACAACAUUACUGGCAAGCAGCUUCACAGUUUACGUGGUUUUGCAGAAAUGGUCAUAAAUUUUGCUAGUUACACAGCCGUUUUUAGUGUCGUCACGCAACGCUCCUCCCGUUGUAUCGCGUGGCGACACUAAAAACGGCUUGCUUGCUUGCUUGUGAUAUUUCUAUAAGGCUUUGUUCACACUACUUCUACAUCAGAUAGUUUUUGCGCCGUCACGAAAAUCAUACCGGACAGCGCUUCUGUUCACACACAAGAACGGUUGUGGCGGCGCGAUUUUUGUGACGGAGAGAAGCGAGCGAAAUUGGAUUGUAACAUAUCGGAUAGGGUUUUUUUGCCAUACUUCGGUGCAUUGUGAACACCUGAUCGGCCUGUCGGCUAAGUAAAGUGAGUGAGUCAGGCCUGGAGCCCACCAAUACGAAAGCAAAUAUUCAGGAGUGAGGACUGUAAUUAAUUUAGUGCACCAACCGCGUCGGCACGAUGUUUGAUGACUUAUGCCGCCCCGGACCGUUACUGUUCAUACUAUAUUUAUCCGGUAUAGUGUGAACAAGAGAACACAGCCUAAAAAGUCCGAUUUUCUGACAAAUCUUUGCUUAUAACCGUUAACGUAUUCAAAAUCUACUUUUUGAUGAAUGUGAUGGAAGUCAAGACUCUUGUGGAAGUAUAUAAGUUCAAGUUAAGAAAAAUCCAGGUGAAUUCUUCUUCAAUAGUUAAAAGUUUAUUACCGCUAAAACUAUAUAUAUUAUUUUUAACAAAUCUAUAUAUUUCUUUCUUUUGCUUUUUACUGAAGUCCAUCUGGCGAUGAUUACUUAAAGACACAAGGCAUUUCAGUGGAUAGUCUGUGGUAUAACGAACUCAUUCUAGGUGCCAUGACAGUCGCAUUGAUGACAUUUGCCUAUAUCGCUUUAAGAGUGAUCAGGAAGCAAAAGUAA